AUGGACUCAUUAACACCCUACUGCCGCGAGCUGGCCUCGCCAGGCGUCUUCCAAACUGUGCUAUCUGUCCUAAUUAUCCUCGGCAUCCUCCUCUCAUACCUCCCCCAACACAUCCGCAUCAUCUCCCGACGAAGCUCCUUCGGCAUCUCCCCAUACUUCAUCCUCCUAGGGGUAACAUCAGGGACAUCGGCCUUUGCCAAUAUCCUAGUAUUCCCUUCCACCGCGCAAGAUGUCGCCUGCUGCCAGGAGAUCAGCGGGAUCGCAUGUUUCGCAGGGCUAUUGGGAGUAUUCCAGGUGGCCAUGCAAUGGCUCUGUUUCUUUUCCAUUCUUUUACUAUUCGUGAUCUACUUCCCGCGCGCCACAUCCCCCACAGACCCAGUGAGCGCUGUGUCUUCCACCUCCAGCGGACCGACAUACCGCACCGCACUCGUCAUAACGGGGCUAUGUCUACUGCACGCACUCGUUACGAUCAUUAUUUCCCUAGCGUUCGAGCUGCGCCAGCCGGCCGCUGUUGCAGCCUGGGCAAACUUCCUCGGUGUCCUAGCUGCAAUCCUCGCGUCGAUCCAGUACUUCCCGCAGAUCUAUACCACCUUCCGGCUGCGAUGCGUUGGAAGCUUGAGUAUUCCGAUGAUGUGCAUCCAGACGCCGGGGAGUCUUGUCUGGGCUGGUAGCCUGGCUGCCCGCAAGGGUUGGAGUGGCUGGAGUAUCUGGGGUGUGCUAGUUGUCACGGCCUGCUUGCAGGGUACUUUGUUGGCGAUGGCAAUCUAUUUCGAGUUCUUCGGUUCCAAAAACAAGCGAGAAGUCGGGCAGCUGGGUGAUCAGAAUGGGGCGCCUAAUGGGUCGGCUCAUGCUGGUGAGGGCGCCCGGCAAGAAUCUGCGCAUGAGGAGCGACCAUCCGAGGAGACGCCGCUGCUUCAAAGCCAGUGA